UAUUGUGUAUUGAUUUAUCUACCUUAAUAUUUUAUUGUUUUAAUUUACUGAGAAUAAAAGAUAGGAAUGUCGGAGUCGGCACGGUCAGACUCUUCGAGGCAAUGCAUUUGUAUAGAUGAUAGCUCGUCAUCUUCGUCUCCUGUGAAUACAGAAUGCGUGUGUCCAAGAGAUGAACACGACAUAGUCUUGCAUGAGGAGACGUGUUUGUUGUACAAGAAUGAAAUAAUAUGUUUUCCUCAUGAACCGGAUUCUUGUGAAUGCGAGUCACCACCAUUUGAAAGUGGCAUAUGCGAGUGCUGCGCAUGCCCCGUCGACCAGUGUCAUUGCAAGAAGUCCGGCAGAGAAGCCCUGGAUCAAUGGCGCAGCAAUUGCAAUAUGGGCUCCAUGCCCGCGGUACUCGAGUCCACGCACCCGCUCAUGCACAAGUUCCAGGAUACCUUGAAACGAUUCCUGGAGAAGGAGAACGCUAUUGCUGAAGAGGAAAUUCUUAAUUUGCGUGAGGAGCUGAAGCUGAGCAAACAAGCGUACGAGAAAGAUUUGGAAUCAAUAUAUCGCAGUGACCACGACACUAAUGCACAGAGGGCUCUGAUAGAGGAAUAUGAAGCAACACUGGGCCAGAAGACUAAGGAACGCCAAGAUGCGGAGCAGCGAGCGCGCGAGUCCAAUGAGAGGUACAAGAGAGCCACAGAGAAGUUGGAGCAGGACGUUAUUUCUGAAAGAGAAGCAACAGAAGAAUUAGAGGCACUGACUACUCUGUGCCGCCAAUUGGAGGAAUGGCGCGAGGAGACGGAGUCAGAUCUUACGGUCAGCCAGCGCAUGUCGAAUAAGAUGAGGGCGGAGAAGAAGACUUUGGCUGACGAGAAACGACAAUUGGACAUGAUUAUUUUCGGUCUUAGCAAUGAGGUGUGGAAACUUGAGUCGAAAUUGGAACUAUAUCAGAAACAGCUCGAGAUAAAGAAUAAUGAAAUGGAGAAAGUUAAUGAUAAGGUGACUGCAUAUGCAGCCGAGUUGGAGGACUUGGAGUUAGACAAACGUAGGCUAGUUAGCCUCUGGAACUCCGUGUUAGUUAACAUACAGCAACGGGAUAAGGUAUACGACUCUGUGAGAGACGAUUACAGAGCUUUACAAGAAAAUUACCGCACGUUGAUGAACAACCUGGAGGUAACGAAGAAAGUAAUGAUGGAGGAGAUGAACAAGAGCAAAGAGAUAGCGAUGAACAAGGAGAAGCUCACGUACGAAUUCGAACACGCCACCAAGUUGUUUGACAACGAGGAUGUAAAGAGAGUUAAUUUCGAAACACAAAUCGCUGAAUUGCAGGAGGCCAUCGAAAUGACUGAAAGAGAUCAGGAAAUGAUAAAAUCUGAGAAUCAGACCAUGCGAAACAUACUGAAGAGUACAGAGAAAGAGUACGAUCGUAAAAUGGAACACAAACUGAAGUUGGAGAAUGAGAUACUGGCGAACCUGCAGGAGUGUUUGCUAAACGAUAAAGCGGUCGAAUCGAUGGCGAAUGGAAUUAAGAAGAUGCGAGAGAUGUCCAGGAAACAAGAAAUAGCAUUAACGAACAUGGAGAACCAGCAUGCUGGCGUGAUGCUGGACAUCGAGGUGUACCGGAAUCGCCAAGCGCGUAACAACAAAGUAUUAGAAGAGAACUUGAAGCAAGUGAAAGCUAGAGAGAAAGAAAUCGAUCACCUCGAGGAAGAGUAUGACCAGAAAGCCCUCAACUUAACCAGAAAGCAGAGAGAAUUGGAUAUUAUUAUGAAGAAGUAUCAAGCACUGAAAGAGAUAUUCGAUUUAAAGUCGCCGCAAGAACGUCGUAUUGAAGAGCUGGAACAACAGAUAAAAGCGCUCAGGGAGCGAACGGAGAGCAUGCAACACGAGUGGCUCCGGCUGCAGGGCCACGUGGUCAAGUUGACCUCGCAACACCACAAGAUUGUCUGCGACAUCAAUCUCAUAAACAAACAGAUUCAAAUCUGUGAGCAGAAGACGAUGCGUAUACAAGCCGAAUGCGAUAAAGUGGUGCAAGAGCGUGGAUGGGUUGAAAGGUCACUUCGCGAGCUGCGCGGGCGGUUGGAAGUGGUGGAACGCGCGCGUAAGAAUGCUGGCGACCGCAAUCGCGGCGCGCAGCGCGGUAACCAGGCGCUUACGCUUGAAUACGCAGCCAAUCUCAAGGAUGCGGAAUCGGAAAUAAUUCAACUGGAAGAAGAUAUAGAAACAAUGGACAAAGAGAAGAUUAAUCUUACUCAAGACUUGGAUCGUGUUCAGAGAGAGGCCCUGAUUUGGCAGAGAAAGGGUGUUUUAGCAGUGGAUCUCAAAAGGAACAUCCAGAAUGCAAAAUCUGCAGCUGGUGAAAUUGGUCAAAUGAAAAACGAAAUACACAGGAUGGAGGUUCGUCGUGAACAUCUUCGACGAACUGGAGAAAAGUUGGCCGAAGACUUGGCCUUGUACGUGACUCGUAGAGAAACAGCUAUAGAGAAGACGAGAGCGGCAGCCGCGGUGGAGAAAGCCCACGGCACGGCUGGGCCUACCUCGCAGUCUACGUACCGACACAAGUUGAGGCUGGCACGGGCCGAUGUUGCCAGGGUUACCAAGGAUUUAACGGAAGCCAAAGCGCUUAUGGCUCAGUUGCAACAAGAGCAGGAGAGGCUGGAGCGGGAAAUGUCAGACACUAGCGCCACCAACGCACAACUAGAAGAGCAUGUUGCUACUUUGUUGCGCGAGUGCCGCGACACUGAGAGACACAAGCAGUGGCUACUAGAACGCGUGGUACGCAGUCAAAGACUAGGAAACGAGCUGGCCACUGCAGUAAGGCGCCAGUCCAUCCGCGUGAAGAAACCCAAAGCCAGUGUACUAGCGGAGUAUUCUCAGGCUGUAGCUCUAAACGAGCGCAUCAGAUAUAUAGUGGAGACUCUCACUAAAGAGUACCCUUACAUGACUGAUAAGCUGGAGACCAUAUCUAACACGUUGAACAUACGGACUCCAAGCGAUUCCCCCAGGUUGAUAGAAGAAGGCGGAGCUUGUGAUGAUGAAGAAUCGGAAUAUGUAGCUGAGAAGCCGCUAUGUCCAUAGAUUGUCUUGUGGAGAUAAUGAAGUCAAGAGUUUUAAUGUACUUUUGACUAGUGUGCUUGAGUGAUGUUUGCUAAUAACGUAUUUAAAAAAAAUACAAGAUAAUAAUAACCUGAGACAAUUCACACAGUGCUAUCUAGGUCCAAGUUAAGCUGAACUUGUGUUAUGGAUAGUAGACAACUGAUAGCAAUACGUAGAUAUUCUUUGGUGUUUUUAACACAUAGAAAACAUCCAGAGCAAUACAAACAAUGAUACUCAUGUUACCUACAAAUGCUUGUACCGUGCGCGGAAUCGAACACGCGACUAUUAAGGCGAAUAUAAUACUAGUAAGGCGGUGUGCUGAACCGCUAGACUACCGAAGUCGUCCUAUAGGUAAUAACUUAAUUAUAAUCAAAAUUAAUAUUAAUUGGUUAACUCUUGUACGCGUCUUGUCCUGUAAUUUCACUACCUUAUCUCACCCUUUAACCGACACAUAUCUUUCAAUGCAAGACAGCUGAUAUACAUGAAUUGAGGUUUUUAUAGUCUACCUAGUCUAUAGAUGAAAAACUACAUCCUCCGGAAAGCUAACGGAUGAUCGUAUCACGAGCGUCACAUGAUAACGUGAUAUCGUAAUGUUUAUAAAACCGACAGAGAAAACAUACCGUCAGAUGGUACCUCUGUUUAGUUGUCGUCCUAGUUACAUAAAAAAUGUUUAGCUUCAGAAAGAAUUUUUGUACCGGUGUGUAUGGGUCCUUAUGUUAUUUAACAUAUGUUUGUAUUUUGCGAGUGUGUGUUAUAUGCGUUUAUUGUGUUUAAUAUUGGUUUACAAUUUAAUUAAUCAUGCAUUGUUUG